AUGGCCGAAAAUCUGACGGGAGUUCGGGCCGCGUUGGCACGGUGUCUUACCGACGAUCAACUCAAAUUAGGCUACAGUGAAUUAGGUCGAAUAUUGAUUGGGUACAUUGUUCCAAUUGUCGCCGCGCUCGGCAUCAGUGGAAAUCUACUCAAUCUAACAGUGUUGUUAGCGAAAAAGAUGAGAACAAGAUCGAACUCACUGCUUGCCAGUCUUGCUCUCGUCGACAUCAUCUUCUUGAUUUCAUUUCUCCCUGAAUGUAUGGCUAAUCAUCAUUUUUUCUAUACAAACACAAUCUUCCGGCAAUUCUAUUUCUACGGUCAUGUUUACCGGCUGCACUUCCAAAAUUGGUUCUCCGCAGCGGCAAUUUGGAUGAUCCUAAUCAUUUGUGCUGAGCGCCUUCUCGGCAUCCGUAACCCACUCUCCACCCGGACUCACGCGUCGAUUAUGGCACCGAAAUUUCUUGUUUCAUUCACUGUGGUCUUCACUGGAUUGCUCACUUCACACUAUCAUUUCACAUUCAUUUGCAAAUCUCGUCUCUUCUGCAAUGGUAGCCAAUUCCAAGGGAUCUGUCUGAACGUCGAUUCGCCACUUUGGUUCGGUCAGCGGCCGAAUCCAAAUUCGAUGGCGUUACGACUUUUUGCCCGGUACAGUCUCGAGAUCCAAGCUCUGGUCAUCGUUUUUUUGCCAGUCCUCCUCGUAAUCUUCUCAAACGCUCUACUACUCUUAACACUACGCAAAAGAACUCGUUUCUUGCGUAUCGGCGCUGGUUCGGAGGCAAUGACGUCAAUACAAAUCAAAAAAGAGCAAAGAGUGACACUAACUGUUUGUGCUAUUGUCACUUGCUUCACAAUAACACAAGCUCCAUCAGCGGUGGUUCCUGUAAUCGCGACCAUCACCGGCUCUGACUAUAUUACAGGGAUAAUUAUCGUUGCAACGAUGGUUGUUGUGGGGAAAGCGUUGAAUUUCAUCCUCUUCUGUCUCUCAUCGUCCAACUUUCGUCAACGAUUGCUCUUCCGAACAAAAGAACUCGCAAACAAUAGUGCUAUCCGAAAUAGCCCUCAAGGAGCAACAGCUCGUUUACUCAAUUAUGGUAGAAGGGGCACACUCACUUCAGUUCACAUUCCAACCGUUCGAUCAGCGCCAAAAUUAAACUCGAUCAUUGAUGGA